AUUCUCAUAGUCCUAAACGACGCCGUUAAGCACUACCAGCACACACAUCACAUGUAACAAGCUAAAUUGUGCCUCUUCGAAGCCACUUAGCAGAGGAGCUCGAAGGACGAGAAUCGGAGAUCGUCGCCUUUGCCUUCUGAAGAAAUUUUCUGCUUCUUAUUAAUAUGAUGGACGACCAGGACCUGGGCUUCUUCGCCAACUUUCUUGGUAUCUUUAUAUUUGUGCUAGUGGUUGCUUACCAUUAUGUGACGGCGGACCCAAAAUAUGAAGGCAAUUGAAAGUUUGUAGAUCUGCUCAUUCACUGAUAGUAAUGAUCAGUUAUUCUAUAUAUAAGAUUAAUGAAUUUUGAUGUGCCAAAAACAUUUUCUCCUGAACAUGGAGUUGUAUCGGCAGCAGGGCGCAUAGAUAACUUGGGUAAGACUAUUGAUUGAUCAUGCAAUAUUUCAUACAAUGCAUAGUGUUAAGGUUAUCAAUUGAGUAAAGGGGAUCAGAGUUCUUCUUUAUCUUGCUUUCAGAAAAUAUUCUGGAGUUUUUGUUUAAGUCUACCUCUUUUUCUUUUCUUUUGAGGGUGUUCAAGAUUAGUUUUGGGUCGACUUCUACUUUCUGAAAACUUAAACUUUAGGAGUUGUUUCUUUAAGGGGGAAAACAUAUAAAAAUGUGGCAUUCUUCUGCAUAAUCUUCAAAUUUGAGGCAAUAUAGAGUU